GUUAGUACAUUGUACAGUGUAGACGGAAGUCCGAGUAUUACAGACCUAUCUGCGCCGUACAGGGCAGUUUUAAGACCACAAGAAUACAGUUGAAUUGAGGUGAAAUUGAUCAUGGCGGAGGAAAAGUCGCCUCCGGAACUGAACAUACACUUACUAGAGUGUGCAAUAUGUUUGGAACAAGUCCAGCAGCCCAAGACUUUACCUUGUCGCCACUACUUCUGUCAGGACUGUCUCGAGACUUACAUCGACAAAGAGUUGUCUGGGAAGAUGGCGUCGGCAACAUCCUUUCCUUGUCCUGUCUGUAGGAGGAUGACCUCGCCUGUCAAUCCAGCGAAAUCCAAGAACAAGUGGGCAGCACAGUUCCCGGCUAACGCGUUGAUUCAGGACUUCGCCAAUGUCAAAGAACGAUCGUCUAAACCACUGUUCUGCACACCAUGCCAGACAAAAGAAAACCUCACUAAUCCUGCAAGCUAUUGGUGCAAGAUGAUGGAAACUGCUUUCUGCCAAAAUUGUAAACUCAACUACCAUGAUGUCAUACAUCGUCGAUGUGAAAUGACAGACAUUUCAGGACAAGUUUUACCGUCAAAACCAGAAAAUUUCCACCCUCGGUGUGACACGCACGACAAGAAAAUGACAUGGUACUGCGAGGAUCAUCACAUUUUAGGCUGCAGUAAAUGCAUGAUAAAAAACCACAAAGCCUGUGACGGUGUGAUGACAGCGACAGAUUAUAUCCAGAAGCUGAAGACAGGGUCCCAUCUAUCUGACAUGCAGUCGAUGUUAUUUAAAUGGAAAGAGGCCAUGGAAUCUUUGGUAAGAAGCUUUGAUGUACAACUCAAAACCAUGGCAAAGAAUCAAGAUAUCGUUAUGCAGAGUAUUGCAGAUUUACGCAAAAUGAUAGACAAACGAUUGGACGAGCUGCAGAAGGACGUCACGGACAAAUUGGUCACCUUUGUGUAAAGAAGAAAGGGGGAACGUUGAGGCCACAAUGCAGCAAUGUCAGUGCUUAAUAAACAGUAUGCUUAAAACAAUGGAGUCCUCCAUAAAGGCUGAAAAGGAAAAUGACAACAUCGGGACAAUAGAAUAUUUUCAAAGAGGAAAGGCAGAGGUCGAAUCUUGCAAAACCAUGUUCACAGAGGCCAGCAAAUCAAAUGUGUCCAUCCAUUUCAAGCACGAAAUCGUACCAGGCCUCCUAGACCAUCUAGUGACUCUAUGGGGAAAGUUGUCAUUGAAAAACAACCUGGAAUUGGUGGUCAUCUAGCUUCACCAGUGCUUCUCGGGAGUCAAGGGAAAGAAAUCAGAAAGAUUUACAUAAAGACUUCUUCGGAUAAAACAACGUGCAAUGCUCGUGGUAUUUUGUACCUCGCAGGCAAUCGCUUUGUGGUUAGCGACAGCAACAACCAGAAGCUCAAACUGUUUACAGACACAGGAGAGUGUCUGGACGAGUUGACCACUGAAGGGUACCCCUGUGAUGUGUGCCUUGUAAGCAACCAUCUCUUUGCUGCCGCUGUCUACAGUCCUGGUAAAGUAUGCGUCGUAAAAGUCAAGGCGUCAAAAAUGUCCCUUUCGUCUGAAAUAGACAUGCCGAAUGGUAUAAAUUGCUAUGGUGUAACGUACACGGACGGCAUGUUUAUUGUAGGCGAUGGUAGAGGAGAAGUAUAUAGAAUCACACUUGAUGGUGCAGCCGUUCUGCUUCAUAAGUAUCAAGCUACCUGCUACUCCCUCACUCAAAAUCCUUCCAGGAACGACACAAUUGUCAGUGUCUGCAGCGCCACAGAGGGAGCCGUCGCGUUGUCCAGACUGUCGGCUGUCAAACGUCACACGAACGUGAUGAAGGUUGGAGUCGUCAGAAGUGCAAUGGGGGUAGAUGUCGAUAGGGAGGGAAACGUCUAUAUCUGUGGAAGAGAUUCACACAACGUCGUUCAGAUGUCUGGAGACGGAAGACGAGUUAAGAAACUGCUGACGUCGUCAGACGGGAUUGACCGACCCUGGGCAAUAUCUGUUCAUGAUGAUAAGUUCUUGGUGACAACUUUUUGUUGUGAUUAUAUACGCGUAUUCAGACUUUAUUAAAAUCCCACCUCAAUCUCAAAAUCUACAGAUAGAAAAUGACUGAAUGUUGACUACUUUGAUGGAAGCAUAUCUUAGAGCUAUCGACUAAAUUAAGCUACAUGUGAGUGUUUCUGUGUAAUGAAAAUAUUUGAAAAGCAAUGGUCAAAAAUUAUUGAAGGUCAUCAAAUUUGAUAGACCAUGGUCAAAUUGAUUCCGAUCGAGCGUUGUCAGCUGAAAAAAGAAUUGGUUUAAAACUGAUGGGUUUCCUGACUUAUUGAUUUCAAAUGAUCAUUGAUCAUUACAAUGAUUUCCUUUCCGAAUUGAUUUUAGCUCACCGGUUACGAGUAACCGAGAGCUAAUGCUGUCACCCCGGCGUCCGCGUCGGCGUCGG